GGCGCGCAUCAGGAAAGGUGCUCUCAACGGGGGCUCUGUAUUAAUAAAGCGAUUCAAAAAGCUUCACACAGAGCAGCCGAGCAGGUUAGGGAUUAUCUGAAUUAAUGAAGGGGAGAGCGAUCUACAGGGUCACAAGAACUGGCGGAGGCGGCGGCAGGUUUUCGUCGUACGAGAAGCUGGUGGCGGUUGGCCUGGCGAUUCUGGCCGUGGCGUCGCCGCUCUAUAUUGACCGGAGGAGGGCGGCCGACAAGGAAGAAGAAGAGGAGCAAGUAGGCAUCAUCAAUUUGGCAUCGUGUUUUCCGAUUGUGUUGGUGGUGCUGAUGCUGGCCAUCUGCCUGUCGCGUUGCUUGGAAAGGAGCCUUGCCCGGUUUGAUCCUGGCUGGAUUUUCAGGGUGGGUGGCUCUUCUGUAGGCAUCAUACUCCUCCUCACCCUUCUUGCUUUCAUUCUCAAGUGUAAAUCAUCAUCUGCGUAGAAGCAAAGCGAGAGAGAGAGAGAGAGAGAGAGAGUUUGCUAUCGUUGUUAAGGUUGUAUGGCUUUAGAUCCAGUGCUCAAUCACGAUUCACGCAUGGAUGGAUUAGAUAUAAAUCUAGACAUACUUUGGGGAAAUGGUUCGAAUUCUUAAAUUAGAAUCCAUCUUCUUUGAUCAUAUAAUUUUAUGAUGAUGAUACUUGUUACAUAUCCAACGCAGUUCUU